AUGCCCUCAGACCGGCCUUUCAAGCAGCGGCGAAGCUUUGCCGACCGCUGUAAAGAGGUGCAGCAGAUCCGCGAGCAGCACCCCAGCAAAAUCCCGGUGAUCAUAGAGCGCUACAAGGGUGAGAAGCAGCUGCCGGUCCUGGACAAGACCAAGUUCCUGGUCCCGGACCAUGUCAACAUGAGCGAGUUGGUCAAGAUCAUCCGGCGCCGCCUGCAGCUCAACCCCACUCAGGCCUUCUUCCUGCUGGUGAACCAGCACAGCAUGGUGAGCGUGUCCACGCCCAUCGCGGACAUCUACGAGCAGGAGAAGGACGAGGAUGGCUUCCUCUACAUGGUCUACGCCUCCCAGGAAACCUUCGGCUUCUAA